AUAACUAACUCUAACAAACUCUUGUAUAUAUUCUAUUUUUUGCUUUGUUGUAAAUUUAUAAUUCACAUAAUAAAAUUUCUACUUCUCUUCUUCUUCUCUAAGUCUCCUCUCUCUUUCUCUCUCUAGAACUUUCAGCAAUUCUCUGCAAAUUGUGCAGAAAUGAAGUUCAUAUUAUGAACUUCAACAUGGUAUCAGAGCAGUAAUUGAUGAUUUGCUCAAUUUCCUCUUGAAUUUCUCUGAUUUUUUUUUGUCUUGAAUCCAGUUAAUUCUUCGAGUUUCUUCAGUAAUUUUCCAAUUGAAUUCAAUUGAUUGUUGAUCCAAUGGCUUCAAAUUCUCAUUUAGAAAACAAUGAUCCUUCAUCGAAUCCGAAUUCAGUUUAUUAUCUCAGCAAUUCUGAUCUCACUGCAAUCAAAUUAGUGACGAUUGUGUUUGAUGGAUCGAGCUUCAACGAUUGGAGACGAUCAAUGACGAUUGCAUUAUCAGCUAGAAACAAGCUUAGUUUUGUUGAUGGAAGUCUUAAUCAACCAGCUCCUAAUGCUCAAAGUUUCAGAAUCUGGAACAGAUGCAAUGAUCUGGUAAUCUCCUGGAUCUUGAACUCUCUCGAUGCUUUUAUUGCUCGUAGUGUUUUAUAUUUGAAAACUGCUAGACAAAUAUGGCUAGAUCUUGAAGAACGUUUUAGUCAGUCAUCAGGACCUCAGCUAUUUUCUGUUCAACAACAGUUAUCUGACAUUUCUCAAUCUGAGAAUGAAGGAAUUGCUGAAUUUUUUACUAGAAUUAAAAUGUUAUGGGAUCAGAUGGAUGGUUUGGAUCCUCUACCUGCUUGUAUUUGUACAGGAUGCAGUUGUACAUUGACUCAGAAACUCUUCAAGUCUCAACAGAAUCAGAGGUUGAUUCAUUUUCUAAUGAAGGUUACAGACAAAUAUGCUCACACAAAGAGCACAAUCCUGAUGAUGAAUCCUUUGCCAACAGUUUCAAAGGCUUAUGGAUUGCUUUUACAAGAAGAAACUCAUGUUAAACUCAGCAACAUCAAAAAUCAGUAUAAUAAUCUUGAUAAUGCUGCCUUUUCUGCUAGACAGUUCAGCAUCAAUAAACCUCAACAAUACUCUAGACAGUCAGCAGAGCAUACUUCUUCUGGUUCUACAAAUGCAGGUCCAAGAAAUUGUGUCUAUACCAGAAACAAACUGUUCUGUGACUACUGCAAGAUGAGAAAUCAUACUAGAGAUAAGUGUCUUAAGAUUCAUGGUUAUCCUUCUGAUCAGAAGGCUAAAGGCAAGAGAGUUGCAGCUUCUGUUCAAAUGGAUGAUGUUAACAUUGAUUCUGAUUCUGGUGAUAUGGUGAAUAUGGCCAUUACCAAGGAGCAACAUAAGCAAGUGAUGCAAUAUCUUGAGAGGAAACACGCUACUGAACAAGGUGAACUCACUGGAGGUUCAAGUUCCCUUGGUUUAGCAGAAACUUCUCAACUAGCAGGGCCCUUCCUUGACCAAAUCAAUUGUGCUUGGUGAAAUGGACAAAGGUUUAUACAGUCUCACUGAAGAUCUUUUGAGCUCCAGUAAUAAUGCAUUUAACCUCACUGGUUAUUGUUGUACUGCAAUUGAAGAAGCUAAACUUUGGCAUCUUCGUUUAGGUCACAUCUCCUUUGAUAAAAUAAAAUUUGUAAAAGGAACAGAUGUACAAGGUUGUUUAGCUGAGAGUCUAUGUCAAGUAUGUCCUUUAGCUAAGCAAACCAGAUUUUCUUUUCCAGUUAGUAGUAUUAAGACUACUAGACCUUUUGAACUUCUUCAUUUAGAUGUAUGGGGACCAUAUAGUCAUGUAACUCAUAGUGGCUGUAAUCAGUUCCUAACAAUUGUUGAUGAUUAUACCAAGAUGACUUGGAUUCAUCUUUUAAAGAAUAAAACUGAUUCAAUUUCUGUCA